AUGGAAGCGUCCAGUGGUAACACGGACGCGUACAGAGGUUCAUCCGCCACUACUAAUAAUUCUAGAAGAUACGGAAUGCAUUUCUCUGCGUCCAAUUUUUUCCACUCACCGGUAUCUACAUUUUUGGAAUACACGGGCAUUCUACGGACACGUUCCAAUCAUCCAGAAACGGAUAGUUUGAUAGGCAAUGGGGUCUCUGUUGGUUUUCGGGAUCGCAUUCCUACCCGCUCAGUUGAUUCUGCGGCCACAGGGAAUGGUGGGGAGGUUUCCAUUAGGAUUAUUGGUGCCGGUGAACCAGAGCAGCAUGAUAGGGUUGGGGCUGUAUUGCCUUCUCCAACACUUGGGCCUGUCCGAGAGGGUGCGUCCCAGAAUGAAGUACUUGUCCAGCCAAUUUCGCGAAUAGCAUCCGCGGCAUCAGUGGCAUCGGCAUUCGAGGGUCAGGCGGAUUCUAGGAGUGAACGCGGGACUGCAGAGGGUGGUUCUCAGUCAAUGAAUGGCAAUGUUGAUGUGGAGGCUGCGGAUGGGGUUGGGGUGAAUAACAGGGAUUCUUCUUACCAGAGAUAUGACAUACAGCAGGCUGCGAGGUGGAUCGAGCAAGUUCUUCCGUUCUCUUUGCUUCUGUUGAUCGUUUUCAUCCGGCAGCAUUUGCAAGCUGCAGUUAUGUUCAAGUCGAAUGAUGUUCUGCGGAAGCAAACAGCUCUGAAGGGUGAGAGGAAGAUAGCUGUUCUUAUUGGCAUAUCUCUUGUGUUCAUGCUUCAAGUGUCUGGGGUUUACUGGUGGUAUCGGAAUGACGAACUUUUGUAUCCCUUGGUCAUGCUACCUCCGAAAGCUAUACCUCCUUUUUGGCAUACUAUUUUCAUUAUUAUGGUCAAUGAUACUUUGGUUCGUCAAGCAGCAAUGGUACUCAAGUGCAUCUUAUUAAUGUAUUACAAAAAUAGCAGAGGCCUGAAUUACCGUAAGCAGGGUCAGAUGCUAACUUUAGUCGAGUAUCUGCUGCUUCUGUACCGUGCCUUGUUGCCAGCUCCAGUUUGGUAUCGUUUCUUCUUGAACAAAGAAUAUGGGAGCCUUUUCUCAUCACUAAUGACUGGGUUGUAUUUGACUUUCAAGCUUACCUCUGUUGUUGAGAAGGUGCAGUCCUUUUUUGCUGCUUUAAAGGCAUUGUCUCGUAAAGAGAUUAAUUAUGGAGCUUAUGCAACAUCUGAGCAG